AGGCUGUCGCCAUGUAUCGAUAAGCAACGGCAGUCCGUCCCUAUCAGCAACGCGAAAGGUUUUUGUCUUGCUUUCUUGUUGCUUUGUGUGAUUCUCGAGUCUGUGUUCUGCGUCUGCGUCUGCGUCCCGUUCUUGUGGCCAAAAAGAGAAGAAAGAAAGAAAGAAAGGCAAACGAACUGUUUUCGCCUCGCGUUCGUGCUCAAUCGUUCAAUUCGAAAUAAAUUAAAAAUGUCUCGCAGUUCGUACCUGUUGUGUGUGCUGUUUUUAGGCGCCAGCUGCUUGGUUUUCAGUGCGAGUGCAUUGCGGAACAAUCGAAGGGGUUACAAGGCCACGGAGCCGCCCACCACCACCCAGCCCCCGCUGACUGCCAAGGAGUAUCUGGAUAGUCGACCCGGAAUCUCCACAUUCGGCAUCAUCGCCAUCAUCUUCACCGUUAUCGUUCUCUGCCUCGUCUUCUACUACGGCAUCAUUUGCUACCCCUUACUCUGCCGCGAUGAGAAGAAAUAUCGGUUUAUGGACGUAUCCUCAACCAUUACCGCCGCCACAUCGCGUUCCAUUCAGUCCAUAGAGAACUAUCCCGACCAGAAACACCACCAUACGUUGGCCUGAUUCGAGGUAUGGACACCCGGAGGAUAGUGGUUUAGUAGUACGUCUAUUAGUAACUCGAAAAAGACUUAAGGCAGCCAGAAACGAAAAUCCAUUAGUAUGACUACAGAUUUAGGUCCUAGGUUUUGACAAGAAAUAUCUCGAAUUUUAUCUCUAUAAACCCUUUACAUUUUUUUAAACAUAGAAGUUCCAAGUACACCAAGAAA